UGAUCUCCGUGGGGACCCUGCACUCAGCCUUCAAAGUGCACCUGCCCCCCAGGAUGCUCGUAAUUCAGUAGUAGAUGCUGGUGGCCUUGAAAGCAUCACCCAGUGUCCCCAACGGCUUCCUCAGAUGAUGGCUGCAGCCGCGGAUGGUUUGGGGAGUAUAGCGAUAGACACAACCCAGCUCAACAUGUCCGUGACAGAUCCCACAGCCUGGGCCACCGCCAUGAAUAAUCUGGGCAUGGUUCCCGUGGGGUUGCCUGGACAGCAGCUUGUGUCUGACUCCAUCUGUGUACCAGGCUUUGAUCCAGGCCUCAACAUGAUGACUGGAAUCACCCCCAUUAACCCAAUGAUCCCAGGCCUGGGACUGGUACCACCCCCGCCGCCAACAGAAGUAACUGUCAUCAAAGAAAUAAUCCACUGCAAGAGUUGCACUCUUUUCCCUCAAAAUCCAAAUCUUCCACCUCCUUCCACAAGAGAACGACCUCCUGGCUGUAAGACCGUGUUUGUGGGAGGAUUGCCAGAAAAUGCCACUGAGGAAAUUAUUCAAGAAGUCUUUGAACAGUGUGGUGAUAUCACAGCGAUUCGGAAAAGCAAGAAGAAUUUUUGCCACAUUCGCUUCGCAGAGGAAUUCAUGGUUGAUAAAGCCAUUUACCUUUCUGGUUACCGGAUGCGAUUAGGGUCUAGCACGGACAAAAAAGAUUCUGGCCGCCUUCACGUGGACUUUGCCCAGGCCCGGGAUGACUUCUACGAGUGGGAAUGCAAGCAGAGGAUGCGCGCCCGCGAGGAGCGGCACCGGCGCAAGCUGGAGGAGGACCGGCUGCGGCCGCCCUCCCCGCCGGCCAUCAUGCACUACUCGGAGCACGAGGCCGCUCUGCUGGCCGAAAAGCUGAAAGAUGAUAGCAAGUUUUCAGAGGCUAUCACAGUGUUACUUUCCUGGAUUGAACGAGGGGAAGUGAAUCGGCGUUCUGCAAACCAGUUCUAUUCCAUGGUGCAGUCGGCCAACAGCCACGUCCGCCGGCUAAUGAAUGAAAAGGCCACCCAUGAGCAAGAGAUGGAGGAAGCCAAGGAGAAUUUUAAAAAUGCCUUAACCGGAAUUCUCACUCAAUUUGAGCAGAUUGUGGCCGUUUUCAACGCUUCUACCAGACAAAAAGCUUGGGACCAUUUCUCGAAAGCUCAGCGCAAGAACAUAGACAUUUGGCGAAAACAUUCUGAGGAGCUCCGGAAUGCUCAAAGUGAGCAACUCAUGGGCAUCCGUCGCGAAGAGGAGAUGGAAAUGUCAGAUGAUGAGAACUGUGACAGCCCAACUAAAAAAAUGAGAGUCGAUGAAUCAGCCCUGGCGGCUCAGGCCUACGCCCUUAAAGAGGAGAAUGACAGUCUCCGCUGGCAGCUGGAUGCCUACAGGAAUGAAGUGGAGCUGCUGAAGCAAGAAAAAGAACAGCUUUUCCGAACAGAAGACAACCUCACCAAGGACCAGCAGCUCCAGUUCCUGCAGCAGACCAUGCAAGGCAUGCAGCAGCAAUUGCUGACCAUCCAGGAAGAGUUAAACAACAAAAAGUCAGAACUGGAACAAGCAAAGGAAGAGCAGUCGCACACACAGGCGUUACUCAAAGUCCUCCAGGAGCAAUUAAAAGGUACCAAGGAAUUGGUGGAGACCAAUGGCCACAGCCAUGAGGAUACAAAUGAAAUCAAUGUGUUGACAGUCGCAUUGGUCAACCAAGACCGAGAGAACAACAUUGAGAAAAGAAGUCAAGGCUUAAAAUCAGAGAAAGAAGCUCUACUAAUUGGCAUCAUAUCAACGUUUCUUCAUGUCCAUCCUUUCGGAGCCAAUAUAGAAUAUCUUUGGUCAUACAUGCAGCAGCUGGACUCCAAGAUAUCUGCAAAUGAAAUUGAAAUGCUUUUGAUGAGGCUGCCUCGCAUGUUUAAACAGGAAUUCACCGGCGUGGGAGCAACGCUGGAGAAAAGAUGGAAGUUGUGUGCCUUUGAAGGAAUUAAAACUACCUAACUAUGAAAAACAAACUAGACACAUGUCUGGAAAUGAAGCUGCCUGCACCCGUCCAGGGCUGUGCAGUGAGGGCAGGAGGUGGGGGUUGUCCAGGGCAGGACCUCGGCGGAGCCAUCAGAGCCUGACUUUAGUUGCGUCUGUGGCGUUCUCUUGUGAGUGGAAAUGUAAUUGUGUACCAGUUCCCUAAACAAACAGAGCUUCUGCACUGACAGGUCUGUUUCCUCUGCAAACCAAACAGUGAUUCCACAAUCAUAAUGAUGGCAAAAUCUUAAAAUAUGCUACAUUUGAGAAGAGCUCACCAAGCAAAAUAUUUAAAGUUAAUGAUGGUGUAGCAAUGGUUGUUGCUAGGCUACAGAGUUGUAUAUGUAAUGUAUAGCUAAAAUCAUUCAAUGGCAUUUUCCUAAAAGUCUAUGUUUCUGUUUUAGCAAAAAAAGGGGGGAAAAAGAGAGAAAAAAGUGAUUUUACAGUGAGGAAAAAUCAUACCAAAAGAAAACUUGAAUAUGUGUCUGAACAGUUAUUGUAUUUUGUAAAUUAAGUUAUAUGCUAUUCCAGGGACUUUUGCCUUAUUGAAGAGGCAGAAAAUGU